CUUGAAACGGAACUUUAACUUGAUGGUCGACCUUUUCAGCAGAGCAACAAGCCAUCAGCUAGAUAUAAAUACCACACGCAUCUCACAUAUGGUUAAACUUUUUCAACAUCACAAACAGCAAGUGUUUACUCUUGCUUACUCUCAACCGUAAAGUAUAAAGCGAUUCCCCAUCAUAGGACUCUCUCAGUCCCAGUCAAAAACACCUUGCAUCUCCCAAGAUGCAUUUUUCAACUGUCCUGUCAACUCUUGCUUGCGGCUCUGUCGUAUUUGCUCAGCUUCCUCAGCUUCCAUCAACCCCCUUUCCAACGGGUAUUAUUCCUACCCCGACCAUUCUUCCAGUCCCUGUCCCAUCCCUUCCGGCAGGAUUUUCGGCCUUGGCUGCGGAUAUCUUGGCUUUUAUCAGGACACUGCUUAGCACGCCAGGCGACUCCGCCGUAGCUGUUGACGCGAUUCGAAAAGCUAUCGCAGCUCUCACAAGAGAUGUUGCAGCGUUACAGGGCGGGAUUAGCGGUGUACCCAGCCUUCCUGAUGGUGGUCAGGCCUUUGUGGACCAGAUUGCCAGUACCAUCUGCCCUCAAAUCAAGAGCAUCGAGGCACAGCUUCCAAGUCUACCAUUCCCCUCCAGCUUGUUUGUUCCCCUGUUUAACGUUAUAUUAGCAUUGAUAAUUGGACAGUCCUUGACUACCGCUUUGGGAAGUAUCCCAUCGACUGCGAGUAUCGACAAAUCAGUAGCCCUUGUAUGCCUGAGUGAAAUAAUUCCCAACUUGAUCACCAGGUCAGGUGGUGCAACUCUUCCGAUCGACUUUACCGCUUAAGUGCAUAAGAUCGAAUCGGAGGCUUUUGUUUUUGAGAAACGAACUGGCUCGUGCUGGGACGCCAGCUAGUAUGCCCGAAUGGGAAAUAGGGAUAAAUUCGGCUUAAUUUCUUACCUCUCA